AUGGCUGCGACCGCCGCGCUGACUCUCGCCCCCGGCCACCCCGCGGACGCCGCCGAAUUCCUCCCCGAGAUCGUGGCCAGCUUCAACUUGGCCACCUUCACCCCUCAGGUGUUCUGGUUCGCCAUGAUCCUCGCGCCCAGGAACCCGGUGGUGAAGACCGUCAUGGGCUCCUGGCUGCCCGUGCUCAUCGCGUCGGGUAUACACUUUUACGUCGACUACGUCGGAUUUAAUCAACCCGGCGCCCUCGAAGAGGCCGCCAAGUUUGGCGCCGUGUUCGAUCCGACUAUCGCGCCCUGGGACUGGGCGAACGGCGCGGUAACCGGCCCGCUGCUGGGGUUCCAGAGCAUGCUCGAGAAUCCAAACUUUGUCACCGAGGAGUGGGCGCACGUGCUGGCGUGGGACCUCUUCGUCGGUCGGUGGAUGUGGCUCGACGCGAUCGAACGCGACGUGCCGUUCCUGUGGGCGUGCCUCCUGACGACCAACUUCACCGGUCCACCCGGACUGCUGCAGUACUUCGUC